AUGGAUUCCCGAUUGGUUGGAUUCUCCGGUUCAACGAAUGGGAUCACUUUCCAGGAGCAAACCCUCUUCCCUGAUCUAACUCACUACGCCAACACCGCCACCAACGGGUUUAGAUUCAACGAAAACACAUCCUCCUCCUCCGCCAUGGAAUUGGGGCGCAAGUUCAUGGACGACCCACUGGUAUUGACUGAUCUGGAUGGCAGCAACUUCACUCAACCCUCACCUUUGACAAGCACAGAAGGAGACUCCCCAACCGACGACAACGACUUUGGGGAGACUGUGCUCAAGUAUAUAAACCAGAUGCUUAUGGAAGAGGACAUGGAGCAGAAACCCUGCAUGUUCCACGACCCGCUGGCUCUCCAAGCUGCUGAGAAAUCACUCUAUGACGUCAUCGGUGAGAAAUACCCUCCCUCGCCGGGCCAAUCGUCUUCAUUUGGUGACCAAUUUUUAGUUGAUAGCCCUGAGAAUGAAUCUUCCUAUAGUGUUGGUAGUGAUUAUGGUGGGUCUAGCGGUUCUAAUAGUGGCAGUUCGGCUGAUGUUCAUUGGAAUCGUGAGGUGGGCGAGUCAAAAGCUCCGUUUAUGCAGAUGCCUCUAGCUACUGAUUUUGUAUUCCAGUCCCCUUCCAUGUCGGAAAAUGGGACCAUGAGUAAUGGUAAUGGCAGUGGUGAUGGAAAUGGUGUGGUAAGUUCUUAUGCUGGUAAUUUUGUGGUCCCGAACUUCUUCAGUGGGAGUGAUUUGGAGUUGCAGUUCAAAAGAGGGGUAGAGGAAGCUAACAAGUUCCUUCCCAAGUUUAGCCCACUGGUCAUUGAUUUGGAGUCCAAGAAUUUUACUGCAAAAUGGGAGGAACAGCCACCAAUUGUUGUUGUGAAGGCAGAGAAGGAAGAACGGGACUAUUCCCCUAAUUUGAAGGGAAAGAAGAACCAUGAUAGGGAGGAUGACGGUUUUGAAGACGAAAGGAGCAACAAGCAAUCUGCAGUUUCGGUUGAUGAGACCGAGCUGUCUGAGAUGUUCGACAAGCUAUUAGUUUGUAAUGGGAGGGACGAGAAGCCAUCGUGCAUCCUUCACUAUGAAGCUCCAGAGAAUGAAGUGAAAUGCUCUAAGCAGAAUGAGAAGAGUCGAGCCAAGAAAUCACAGGGAAACAAUAAUGAAGCGGUGGAUCUGAGGACACUGCUGAUUCUGUGUGCACAAUCCAUCUCUAGCGAUGACAGAAGGACUGCUAAUGAAUUACUGAAGCAGAUCAGGCAGCAUUCAUCCCCUUUUGGUGACGGGUCUCAGAGACUUGCUCAUUGCUUUGCCAAUGCCCUUGAAGCACGUCUGGCUGGCACUGGAACCCAAAUAUAUACUGCAUUGUCUGCUGAAAAGACUUCUGCUGCUGAUAUGUUGAAAGCAUAUCAGGCCUAUAUCUCAGCUUGCCCAUUUAAGAAGGUGGCCAUUAUCUUUGCCAACCAUAGCCUUAUGCAUGCAACUUCCAGUGCAGAUGUAAUCCAUAUCGUAGACUUGGGUAUCUUGUAUGGUUUUCAAUGGCCAGCUCUGAUUUAUCGCCUUUCAAAAAGGCCCGGUGGGCCUCCAAAGCUGCGGAUUACCGGGAUAGAGCUUCCACAGGGUGGGUUCAGGCCAGCAGAGAGAGUUCAGGAGACAGGGAGAAGAUUAGCAAAGUACUGCGAGAGGCAUAAUGUUCCAUUCGAGUACAUUGCCAUUGCAAAGAAAUGGGAGAACAUCCGGAUCGAUGAGCUUAAGAUCAACAAAGGCGAGUUUGUUGCAGUGAAUUGCCUGUUCCGGUGCAAGAACCUCCUGGAUGAGACGGUUGUGGUUAGUAGUCCGAGGGAUGCUGUUCUGAGACUGGUAAGACAGGCUAACCCCAAUAUGUUCAUGCAUGCCAUUGUGAAUGGAUCGUACAACGCCCCAUUCUUCGUUACGAGGUUCAGGGAGGCGCUCUUUCAUUUCACUGCGCUGUUCGACAUGUUGGAUGCAAACAUGGGUCGUGAAGACCAGAUGCGGAUGAAGUUUGAGAAGGAGUUCUAUGGGCGGGAGGUGAUGAAUGUGAUAGCUUGUGAGGGUUCAGAGAGGGUGGAGAGACCAGAGACGUACAAGCAAUGGCAGGUGAGGAACAGAAAAGCCGGGAUGAAGCAGCUGCCAUUAGACCCUCUGUUGAUGAAGAAACUGAAAUGCAAGGUGAGGGGCAAGUACCAUGAAGAUUUCGUGGUUGAUGAAGAUGGGGAAUGGCUGUUGCAGGGGUGGAAGGGGCGUAUUGUGUAUGCGUCGUCGGCAUGGGUUCCUGCAUGA